UCGUGGUCUUCAGAGAGUUUGCAAUGGCGGCGCUCAUGGUACCGGGCCGCGUGGUUUGCUCCGCACUGCAGGCGCGGAGGUGGAGAAGCCAUCGCUGCUGCUGCCGCCUCCUCCUCCUGUCGCCAACAUCGGCAGCGGCGACCCCGGGCGCAUCCUCCUUCUCCUCGUCCGCCGUGACGGCUCAGCGCCUCUUAGAAGGCGCCCGGGGCCCACUAGCGCCAAGGCUGUCACACGGACUGCGGCCACUGAGCACAGUGAUGACCCACCAGAGCUUUGAUGUGAGUAAAUCCAUCCCGGCGGUCCAGGCCAAGCAAGUGCAGCAGUUUGAAUGGGCCCUCAACCAGCUCGACUCGUCUGUGAGGCGCACGGGACGCGUCACCAGCAAGAUGCUUCUCGACGUGUUCCAUGACAUCUGCCGUUCGGGCUAUCCGAGCGCCAACCAGGCCCUGCUGCUCAUCCGCAGCUGCGGAACCCUGCUGCCGGAGGAGCUGCCCGAGAAAAGGACAGAGCUGCUGCAUAACUUCUGGAACAAGCUGAAGGAGCUGGGUACUGUGUUUGAUGUGAGCCACUACAAUGCCCUGAUAAAAGUCUACCUGCAGAACGAGCACAAGUUCUCGCCCACUGAUUUUCUGGAAAAAAUGGAGAAAGAAGGAGUAACGCCCAACAGGGUCACUUACCAGAGGUUGAUUGCUGCCUACUGCAACGAGGGUGAUAUUGAUGGUGCAAGCAAAAUCUUGGGAUUUAUGAAAAACAAAGACAUACCCAUCACAGAACAAGUUUUCAACUCCCUUGUUACAGGCCACGCAAAAGCUGGUGACAUGGAGAAUUCACUGAAGAUCCUCUCAGUGAUGAGAGACGCGGGCAUUGAACCUACCUCUGAAACCUACUUGGCUCUGCUCAUUGCCUACGCCGAGAGAGGAGACAUUAAGAGCAUUACAGAGCAUUUCAUCACGAUGGAGAAGAACAAUAAGAGCCUCAUGGAUCGCGAUAUCAUGCAAAUUAUUUUUUCCUUGGCCAAGGCUGGGUUUUCUGAUCAGGUGCAGGCCAUAGUGGGCCACAUGCGACAUCAACCUGGCUUCAUUCCAGAUGCCAUGAAUCUUUGUUUGAAUCUGGUGACGCACGGGUUGGAGGACACGGCCUUCGAGGUGCUCCUCUCGUUCCCAGCCCUGCGCAUUAACCAGGACAGCUUCAUUGGAAAGUUCUUCCUUCGCCACUGUGUCACCCUCGACAGGCCAGUGGAGAAACUCGUGAAGUUCUGUGACACGCUGCAGGAGAAACAGAUGCACACCUCUGCCCUCAUGUUCACUCUCCGCUGUGCGUUGGAAGCAAAUAACAAGGAUAUGGCAGUCCAGCUGAUGAAGCACGCUUCCAAGACAGGCCUGCCCGUCAGGCCACACUUCUUUUGGCCGCUCUUGACACACGAGCAGAAAUUGAAGAACCAACAAGGGGUUUUGGAUGUGCUGAAGGCCAUGAGAGACAUGGGUGUGGAGCCCAACCAGGAGACCUUCACCUCCUACGUUAUACCCGUGUUCUCAUCCUACGCUGAGGCCCGAGCCAAGUUUCAGGAAAUAGGCUUGACCCAGGAAGAAACGGCCGUGGCAGAGAUCAGAUACAUGGCAUUUUCUGGGAACCUAGAUCAGAUUUAUGACGUGUUGUCCUCCCCCAAAUUUCCACCUACAGACAUGAACACCUUUAGGGGAAGUCUCACAAUGGCGUUCAGGAAGUCUAAUGAUGUGGCUUGCCAGAGCAAGAUCACAGAACUGCUCUUCACGGACUCUCGGUUCAAGGGUAGCUUUUCUGUCCAGGAGUCUUUGUCCUUCUUCCUGAGCAACCUUUUGGAGUCUAUGUCGGCGGAAGACAUACAGAGGAAAGAGACGCACCUUCACACGUACUUUCAGAAGCUGAAGUCCAUGAACUUGAAGAUCCAGAUGAAAGGCUUUUAUGGAUUAAAAAACUUGCUGGAUACUCGUAAAGCUCCGGGGCUCACUAAGGAUGUUUACCUACUCGUGGAAAAUGCUUCAGCCAUGAGUGACCACAAUCCCUUUUGGUGAGUAACACUACUCAGUGAGACAGAGGAGAAGCUGAAGCACCUGAAGGAAGAGGGGCUGCCCUUGGAGGAAACCUUGCGCAAUGUCAUCCGCAACUUGUGCAGCCAGCAGAACUUAGACAGAGCCCUGGAGGUGAAGUCUGAGUAUUCGGCCAACAUGGUGGUAGCAGGGUACGCGACGCUGCUCAAGCAUUGUUGUGAGAGGGGCAACGUCACUGAGGCCUGGAAUAUCAAGAAAGAACUAGACCGUUUUGACCCGAACGCUGUUCUCGGUGUGUCCAAGUACAUUCUGCUCUUGAAGCUCCUCGCCACUCAUGGGAUGGUGCAGGAGGCACAAGAAGUUCUGAAGGAGUUGAGUGCCAAGAAACUGCUGAUGAAUAAUGAGUUGAGAUUGCAGAACUUUGUACAGCUCCUGCAGGAUGUUUCGGCCACUGGAAAUACUGAAGCUGUACGGCAGCUGUUGGAUUCCAUUGUGACACUGGGUUUGUGCAAGCCCGGAAACUUACUCUGCAAUCCACUGCUGACUCCUUACCUUGAGAAGGAAGACUUGUCGGGAGCACUUGACGCUGGCAUGGCAUGUGCCAACAACUAUCAGGUCUUCCCUCAAAAGCUGGAACUGCUCAAGAGCUUGGUGGAAAAGGGGGAGAUGGAUCUCCUCCAGAAAGCGUUGGCCUUCAUAAGUAAGAUGGCGGGAGAGUUGAACAUGCUGUACGACAUCUUUUUCACCUUCUUGGAGACUGGAAAGCACGCAGAGGCACUCAAAAUCAUUGAGACGCCAGGCAUGAAAGCUCGUCCCAGACGCCUGAAGUGGUUUGCUGAAAGAUGCAUUUUUAAUGACAAGGGCAAGAUCUUGGAGCAGCUGUUGGACCAGACCAAGAAUCUGUUUGAGUGUGACCGGGACGAGAUGUACUUCUACAUGCUCCAGUAUUGCAAACUUCACAGCGACGUGGAUAUGGCCACUGCCACCUGGACCAAGAUGCAGGAGGAGAACCUGAUCCCACGGGAACGAACACUGAGCCUGCUGGCCGACAUCUUGCAGAGCAACGGGCAGGAAGUGCCGUUCGACAUUCCUGUGAUGCAUGGCGCAAAAGAAUCAAAAGACAAGGCCUCUCAUGAUAACAAAGGCAAUGACGAACAGCUGACAGUGUUUUCUAACAAUGCCAAACCAAAACAAAGUAAAAUGAAUGCCCCCUGGCAACCCAUGGACGGAAACAGCAUCCAAGAAAGAAUCCUCAUUCUGUGCAAGCGGAAAAAUAUCACAGAGGCAUUGGAACUUCUGUACAAAGCCCAGGAGCAGGGUCGCGCCCUGUCUGUCACCGUGUUUGCCACGAUGAUAAAUUCCUUGCUGGCCAACGGCAUGCUGGAGGACGCUUUUAAAGUGAAGGCCAUCAUCGAGAAGCAAAUGCCUGACUUCACCAUGUCCCCGACGGCCAACAGCCUGCUGGUCAUCACAUACGCGUUGCAGGGGAAAGUGAAAGAGGGGAUGGCGUUGUUGCGAGAGAUGGUGGAGAGGGGCCAGCCGAUGAAUCCCUUGGCCCUGGUGCGCAUGGCACAGCUGCUGAGCAAGGAAGGCGACAUCGAGAGGCUGAAGGAGCUCGAGGCCCUGUUCACCGAGGACACCUUGCCCACUGGGGUCUCCCGCAUGUUGUUCGUCAACAACGUGGGACUCGCUCUCCUCAACAGGGAUGGAGCGGAUGCUCUCGUGAGUUACCUGGAACCCAUAUUCAUGACCGGAAAUGACGAGGCCCAGCAACCCUCGGGUAACAUCAUCUACGUCUUCAACCAGAUCAUAGCGAAUGAAAAUGAGGCCGCACUCGAUAAGCUGAGUGCCAUGGGAGAGAGGCUAGCGAAACAGUUCUCCCAGUACCAGUGCAUCACCUACCAGUUUCUCGCCUACAUCACCAAUGACAAAAUCCAGGAAGCCAAGUUUCUACUCGAGCGCUGUCCUGGGAUUGUGGAGCAGAAGGAAACCCUGAUCAACUUCAUCGUGCGUACCGCUAACCGUACUGGCAAGGCUGUGCAUAUUGAAAACAUUCUGGAAGUGGUGCCAGACAUUGACUACAAGAAUGUUGCCUUCAGCUACUUACUGAAGUGCUACGUCAAGCAGAACAAUGUGGUGGCAGCCAAGGCGUUGUACAACAAGAUACUGGCAGAUGGUUUCACACCUGAUGAGCUGUUCCUCAAGAGACUGGCCGUACUUCUCAUCAAAGUUGGCGAGCCCGUGCCCUUUGAGGUGCCGCCGGAAUCGUUUGAAUACUAUGUAACACAAGCGAAGAAAGCACAUCAGUAAAUAUAUAUACAUUUUACAGUAAUCUUACUAUACUGUUGGAAGUAAGGUGUGUGUUUUUUAUAACUGUGAUUGUACUGUUCAGAAGGCUGAGCCAAGGAUGUUUUGACCAUACAAUUGAAUAUCAAGACAGGUUAUUUAAUUGCAUUGUGCACUGGCAGGUAUAUUUAAUGGGUAAUUUGUGUUUUUAAUCGAUAGUUACAAUACAAGUCUUGCUAGAAUCUGUAAAAAAAAAAACGAGCUGAAAUGUCAUAUCAUGUAUAACCAAAAUCCGCAGUAUUUAUACUUCGUCUUAUGGUUAUAAACACUUAAGGCAGUCAUUAUUAUUUGGGUCUUUCGGUAAAGCCACGUAGAUAGAAAAAUAACAAAAUUAUCAGGACGUUUCGAUAGCAACACAAGCAAGCGUGAUCAGGUGAAAAAAAAUGUAGCGAGAGAGCUGCCAAGACAGUGCUGUAGUUAAAUACUUGGAGCGUGUCAAUCUUUGGUCAUUCAUGCACAUCCCUACAUUUGAUAGUGUUCUGCUGAGAGUGUUACACUUUCUUGACAUUGUUUCUGUAUCAGUUGACAGCCUGUGCAUUUGGGCAUUCCUUAAAAGUGACCUGUCUAAAGACUACAGUUGCUUGUUUGCGCUGAAGAUAAUGAGAUUUCUGCUUUGCACACCCUUUUGCUCCGGAAAGGGUUGUUACCCAAAACUUUUGCUUGUUGGUAAGUUUUCAUUUUGAAGGCAGCGAUUGUUGAUUGUGACGGUGAAAUCAAUGUAUUCCUUUGAUUUUACAUCACUGCCUGCCUGUGCCCCAUCCCUUGCACGUGUUCAUUUAAAGUUGGGUGCAAAGGAAGAGCGCAGUGCCUCUCGCGUUAGUUUGCAUUUACCUCGAGAGUCGGUGUAUGCUACUCUUGUGGUGUUUGUGCAACAUUGCCAUUGUGAGUUAACAGAUAGGCUUUAUUAUGAAUAGCCAGUGUGGCUGCAGGUUAAAUAUUGUAAAUGUCACAGGCAAGGAAGGGAUGGCUCAACGGUAUAUUGUAUGUGUAUAUGAAUGGUGACAAAAUAAAAACAAUUUUGAACACAUGA